AUGAGGAGUGGCCGACUUCCCUUUGCGGCACGACAGCAUUUUCUCGAGCAUGGAUACGCCGUUCUUCCUGCAACGCUAGGGGCGCCUCUCAUUGAGCGGCUCCGGCCCGCGUUGGUUGCCUCCACAGUGGCACGCGCUCGGCAUUUGACUGAAGUUCCUGACAUCGAGUCAAUGCUGAAGUCCAAGGCGAAGCUGUCUGAUCCGCUUUACGAGAAGGUAAUGACGCGGCUGCAACGGCGAAGGUAUCUGUUACGCCUGUAUCGCACAGAGAAGCGACGGCGCAAGCAGCUUGCCCAAGUUGCCGCCAAAUUUCUUAACGGCAGAAGGAAGGAGGAGCUCACAGGCGAGGAGUUAUGGACGCUAAGCGAGAAGCUUUCGACUGAGGCUGCUAAAAUGUCGGGGAAAGGGUGUCAGUCUACGGUUCAGAAUGAUCCGCAGAUGCUAAGGGCCAUUAAUGAGUAUCGCUGUAAUGUAUGGAUGACGAAUAAGGAGCUGCAAAGUGUAGUGCGGGACCCUUCCUUCUGGGAGCCUCUAGGUGUCAUUGCAACGGAUGUUGGCGGCGUCGAGCAGCCCGUUUUGUUUAGCGAUGCGUCAAUUUUCCGUGAGCCGUAUGGUAGCCCAUUUGGUUAUCACUGCACCGCCCCGACGAUCGGUGUGAAGACAAACGGUAGCCAUAUGGUUGCGGUGUCCCUACUUGUGUUCACACACCGCCCUGACCAGCAGACAAUGCCACUGUUCGUCUUGAAGGGCUCACACCGCUUUGUGAGGGAACAGUACAUACGCCGUGUCCCACCGGGGGACCUGUCGCUGCCGUUUCUGCCGAUGGAGUCGCACAUCCCCGAGCAGAUUAAGCGAUUCCAGUUUGACAGCAGCGUCGUGGGAGCUCCAAUGAAUGGCGGUGACGAAAUCAGCCCAGGCACAGUUGUGGUGCUUGAUCCGCACCUCAUGAUUGGCAUUGGCGCGAAUGCCUCUACCGCACGCGUGGUGGUACAUAAAUUGAACCUGGUGUCCCAAGAUGCGCAGCCCUUCAUGAAGGCCCCCUCGUGGAUUACAGCGUGGCGCUCACUUCCUGCGGAAGUGAACUUCGCCUCCCCAGUCGUCUUCCCGCCGUUCUUCCGAGAAGCAGCUCCUUAA